AGCAGCAACAAGUCGUUUAUUUGUACAUUAUUUUUAUUCUAAUAAGAUAGUUAAAGAUAAAGGACAGCAAAAAUCAUACAUCAUGUCUGGAAGGAGGGAAUCUGAAUCUUCCCCUGUGCGUUCAGCGGUGGACGCUAGAUCGGCGAUGACAUCCCCAGUUCAGGAUUUUGAGCCAUUUGAAGAUGAAGGGGCUUUGCUGGGUGAUAUGUCUCAGUUGGAUGAGAUGGAGGAAGAUGAUGGAGAAGGAUUGUUUGAGGAUAACAUGGAAAAUGAUUAUCGUCCUAUGCCAGCUUUGGAUAGAUAUGAUCCAGAUAUAUUGGACAAUGAUGAAUAUGAUGAUAUGUCACAGGGUGAUAGGAUGGCAGCAGAGGCUGAGAUUAGAAGGAGGGAAAGAGAAAUGGGCAUUCUACGGAGAGAUGAUAGAGAACUGUUUUAUGAUAAAGCAGAUGAGGAUGAGGAUCCAAGGCAAAAGAAAAGAAGGAUGGCAGAGAAAGCAGCCACUGGUGAAACAGAGGACACAGAGUUAAUUGAGUCUAUUGAGAAUCUAGAAGAUACAAAAGGUUACACAAUUAAGGAAUGGGUCUGCAUGAUUGGGCCGCGUACUGAAAUCGUAAACAGAUUCAAGAAUUUCCUAAGGACAUAUGUGAAUAGCAAGGGCCAUUAUGUUUAUAAAGACAGGGUGCGACGAAUGUGCGAAAAUAAUCAGUCCAGUUUCACCGUCGAAUUUCCAAAUUUAGCCAAUAAAGAGCACGUACUAGCUUAUUUCUUGCCAGAGGCGCCCUUCCAAAUGUUGGAGAUUUUCAAUGAAGUAGCUAAAGAGAUUGUUCUCACAAUUUUCCCAAGCUACGAACGCGUCACCAACGAAAUCCAUGUACGAAUUUCAGAUUUGCCCCUUAUCGAGGAGUUGCGAACUUUUAGGAAGUUGCACGUAAAUCAAUUAGUGCGAACAUUGGGUGUUGUUACUGCUACCACCGGAGUAUUGCCACAGUUGUCUGUGGUAAAAUAUGAUUGUAACAAGUGUGGCUUUAUUUUAGGCCCUUUCGUACAGUCCCAGAAUGCUGAAGUUCAACCAGGUUCUUGUCCUGAGUGUCAAAGUAUGGGACCUUUUAUGAUUAAUAUGGAACAAACUGUAUAUCGAAACUACCAAAAAGUCACGUUACAAGAGUCGCCGGGGAGGAUCCCGCCAGGUCGCGUCCCACGAUCAAAAGAGUGCAUCUUAUUGGCAGAUUUGUGUGAUCGCUGCAAGCCGGGAGAUGAAGUAGACGUUACCGGAGUGUAUACGAAUAACUACGAUGGUUCGUUGAAUACGGAGCAGGGAUUCCCUGUGUUUUCCACGGUGAUCUUCGCCAAUCAUUUGGUAGUAAAAGAUUGUAAGCAGAUCGUCCAAUCGUUGACGGACGAUGACAUCAAUGCCAUCGUUAAGAUGAGCAAGGACCACAGAAUUGCGGAUAGAAUUAUAGCGUCAGUAGCUCCGUCCAUUUAUGGACACGAUUACAUUAAGCGGGCGCUAGCGCUCGCUCUCUUCGGAGGUGAACCUAAGAAUCCUGGGCAGAAACACAAAGUCAGAGGCGAUAUAAACGUCUUGAUUUGCGGUGAUCCGGGUACUGCAAAAUCGCAGUUUUUAAAAUUCGUGGAGAAAAUAGCACCGCGUGCUGUCUUCUCCACCGGCCAAGGUGCCAGUGCUGUUGGUUUGACGGCUUACGUGCGGAGAAAUCCGACUACGAGAGAAUGGACUCUAGAGGCUGGAGCACUCGUCCUGGCUGACCAAGGUGUCUGUCUCAUCGACGAAUUCGAUAAAAUGAACGACCAGGAUCGUACCUCCAUCCAUGAAGCCAUGGAACAACAAUCCAUCUCAAUCUCGAAAGCGGGAAUAGUUACCAGUCUUCAGGCCAGAUGUUCGGUGAUUGCCGCAUCCAAUCCUAUGGGCGGCCGCUACGACGCCAGUAUGACCUUUGCGGAAAAUGUCAACCUUUCCGAUCCGAUUCUCUCCCGUUUCGAUAUCCUCUGCGUCGUCCGCGAUGAAGUCGAUCCCAUCCAAGACCAGCAUUUGGCCAAGUUUGUCGUCUCUUCGCAUAUCAAGCAUCAUCCAUCCAAGCGUGAUGAGCUUAUAGAUUCGUCGGACGUUGAUGAGUUACAGAUUCCUCAAGAGAUGCUCAAGAAGUACAUCGUCUACGCUAAACAAAACGUGCAUCCAAAACUCCAAAAUAUGGAUCAAGACAAAGUAGCUAAUAUUUACAGUCAACUUCGACAGGAAUCUUUGGCAACUGGAUCAUUGCCAAUCACGGUGAGACACAUUGAGAGCAUGAUAAGAAUGGCGGAGGCUCACGCCAGGAUCCAUCUGAGGGAUUAUGUUCAGGAGGAUGACGUCAAUAUGGCAGUGAGAAUGAUGUUGGAGAGUUUCGUGGAAACGCAGAAGUACAGCGUGAUGAAAUCGAUGAGACAGGUGUUCCAACGGUACUUGCUGUUCAAAAAGGACCACAGCGAGCUGCUAUUCUAUAUCCUUAGGCAGCUUGCGCAGGAUCAAUUGACGUUCUUGAGAGGAACAAAUGCCAGCGAAGCUCUCACUAUCGAGAUCGACGAGAAGGAUCUGAAGGAUAAAGCGAAACAACUUGAUGUGCACGACUUGAAACCAUUCUACCAGAGUAAGGUAUUCGAAAGCAACAACUUCAUUUACGAUUCCAAGAGGAAAAUCAUUAUACACACAGUGACGGAUAAUGAUGUGGAAGACUGAGGAUUUUAGAAAAAAUCAUUUUUAUUCUUAUGUGUUUAACAUGUUUAUUAUAUUUUUUAUACAAUA